AUGACUGUGAACUCUUCCAAUCGUCACUUACGUGUGGCCAUUAUCGGUGGCGGUCCCGGCGGCCUCGCAACUGCUAUCGCCCUCUCUAAGCUUCCAAAUGUCUCGGUAAAUAUCUAUGAGCAGGCUACAGUAUUGCGGGAAGUAGGUGCUGGUAUAAGUAUUGGUUCGAAUACGUGGAACGUGCUGGAGCUCCUUGAUGUCGCCGAUACAUUAACCAGCGGCCACCCGACAUGGGUAGUUUUGAAUAUGAAUGGACGCUCUGGGGAAGAACUUGACCGCCGUGAGAAGCCGAGGAAUUUUGAUCAGAGACCUCCGGUUCGAACUCAGCGGACGAAGCUUCAAUCAGCUCUCUUGGCGCACGUGAAACCUGGCGUAAUACAUCUCUCGAAGAGAUUGAUACGUAUAAUUGAUAAAGGUCAGGAGGGUGUUGAGCUACAUUUCGAAGACGGUAGUGUUGUAACAGCCGAUCUAGUAGUUGGUGCCGAUGGUAUUAGAUCUGUGGUCCGAGAUACGGCUUGGCCGAAUUACGAAAUUAAGUUCACAGGAACGACAAUAUGGAGGACUCUUCUAUCCUGGGACGACGUGAAAGACUUAGAUCCUCGCUUCGAGAUUACCGGGUGGUGGCAUACGCCGACUACGCAUGUCUAUUUUUCUCCUGUUGGUGAAGGCCUAUGGGAGAUAGCUGCUAGGGCAUGGCAAGAUCCAGCAAUCCAUAGCGCAAAUAAGAAAAGCUGGGGUGUUCCAGUUGAGAAUGCUCAUGUUGAGUCGCAUUUUACGGAGUAUCUCCCCGAAAUAAGAGAAGCGCUCGCGCGCGUUCCUUCUGGCGGCUGGCGAGAGUUUGCUGCUUUCGCUGGUCCCGAGCUUGCUCGACUCACAGCGUGGGACAACAAAGUUGUACUUGUUGGAGACUCGUCACACGCUUUGUCCGGCGCGUUCGGAUCUGGAGCAGGGUUUGCGAUAGAGGAUGGUUGGGUUUUAGCACAGGCCCUGGCACACUGGAAGAACGAUACUACCAAAGCCCUACCGCUCUUUGACGCCAUUAGAUUACCAUACUACUCACGGAUGUAUACGCACCUUUCUUCCGAGGCCGACAAACGUGCUACAAAAUUGAAGGUGCUAGGGAAUCCGACGUUUGAUGAGCGCGUUAAGAACAAGAUUAUUACGGAUGGUGGGAAAGACAUGUCAUGGAUUUAUAAAAACGAUAUCGGCGCGGUCUGGAAGGAGUGGGUUAAUAAACUUGAAGAAGCUUCGUAA